ACGUAGCAACCCUGCCGAAAUUGUGUUGCUGAUUUUUUGUUGUUCCCGCUGAACCGGCAAAGUUCUUUGUAUUUAAUUGUUUAUUCGACUGUCAAAGCUCUUGAAAUCAUGGCCAGCAACGAGCCCGGCGGCGGUAACCUAAUGGACGAGUUCGAGGAGGCCUUCCAGUCGUGCCUGCUGUCGCUGACCAAACAGGAACCGAACUCUGGGACAAACAAGGAGGAAAUCGACCUGGAGGUACAGAAGACCACCAAUCGCUUCAUAGACGUGGCCCGCCAAAUGGAGGCGUUCUUCCUGCAGAAGCGCUUCCUCGUCUCCACGCUGAAGCCCUACAUGCUGAUCAAGGACGAGAAUCAGGACCUGAGCAUCGAGAUUCAGCGCAAGGAGACGCUUCUCCAGAAGCACUAUAAUCGCCUCGAGGAGUGGAAGGCCUGCCUGUCGGACAUCCAACAGGGCGUCCACAGUCGCCCCACGCCGCCCAUUGGCGCUGGCAUGUUGCAGGGUCCCGGUGGCGGAAUGCCACCCAUGGGCGGUACUCCGCCGCGACCAGGAAUGAUGCCCGGAAUGCCACCGGGUGCAAUGCAGCCCGGCGGACCCAUGCAACCCAGUCCACAGCACAUGCUGCAGGCGCAGCAAAUGCAGCUCCGCAUGAUGGGCAGACAAAUGCCACCCAAAUGAACUGGGGAAUGCAUUCCUUUUAGCUUGUAAUUUUGUAUAGACCUGGAUUAGUCUACUUGUAUCUCGUGUAGUUAAAUAAACUGAUUAUAUAUCACUUAACGAUUUUAUAAUCCCUAUAUGAAGAAA